AUGGAUAAAUUAGUACCGAUUGUAAACAAAUUACAGAAUGUUUUAUCAUCUUUUAUUAGUAGUGAAACUUUGAGCUUACCACAUAUAGCAGUGGUAGGUGCUCAGUCAGUUGGAAAAACCUCAUUACUAGAAUCAUUAGUAGGUUUAAGUUUUAUGCCUAAAGGAGAAGAUAUAGUAACUCGAACUCCUAUAAUAAUUCAGCUAACGAAUUCUAAAUCAGAUGAUUGUUAUUGUACCUUAACAUAUUGUGAUUAUGAUAAUAAUAGAGUAGAAAAGCAUAUAGAUGAUUUUUCUAUUUUGAAUGAAAUAUUAAUUGACGUUACAGAAGAAAUUACUGGAGGAAAUAAAUGUAUUAAAGAAACUCCUAUUAUAAUUGAGAUUCAUAAAAAUGAUGUUUUGGAUUUAACUUUAAUUGACUUACCUGGUUUAACAAAGGUCCCUGUAGGGAAUCAGCCACAAAAUGUAGAAGAGCAAAUAGUAAAUUUAGUAAAUAAAUAUAUAAAGAAUCCUAAUUGUAUCAUUUUAGCUGUUUCAUCUGCUAAUAUUGAUUUAGCUAAUUCAGAUAGUUUGAAAAUGGCUAGAAAUGUAGAUCCAAAACAUGAAAGAACUAUAGGUGUAAUAACUAAAUGUGAUAUGGUUGAAAAACCUGAAAUAUGGAAGAAAAUGAUUAGUGGGUCCCUUUAUCCUUUGAAGAAAGGUUUUGUAGCUGUUGUUUGUCGAAGUCAGAAAGAUGUAGAAGAUAAUAUUACUAUUGAAAUGUCUAUAAAAAAAGAAGAAGAAUAUUUUAGUCAAUGUAUUGAUUUUUCAAAUCAAAUGGAAUGUAUUAUGGAAUGUGGUAUAAAAAAUUUAGCCAAAAAAUUAAAUAAUAUAUUAAUUGAACAUAUCAAAAAUACAGUACCAUUUUUAAAACCUAAAAUUGAUUCAUUAAAAAGUAUUGAAGAAGAACGAUUAUUAGAAUUAGGUGAACCUAUGGAUAAUAUGAAUCGUUCAGAAUAUUUAGCAGUAUUAGUUAAUUAUAUAACAAAAUUUUCACAACAAUAUCAAGAUAUAAUAGAUGGAAAAGUUUUUUAUAAAGAUAGAGUUGAUGAAUUAAAAGGUGGAGCAAGAAUACAUUAUAUAUUUAAUGACUGGUAUAUAAAAUCAUUAAAUGAUUUCUCACCAUUAGAAAUGUUAACAGAUGAAGAAAUUCGAAUAGCUAUAAGAAAUUCUAGUGGUCCAAGAGGAGCAUUAUUUGUACCAGAAAGUGCUUUUGAAACUUUAAUAAAAAAAUUAAUAAACUGCUUAAAGGAACCUUCACUACGUUGUGCUGAUCAAGUAUAUGAAGAAUUAUUAAAAAUAGUUGAUAAUUGUCGUAUAGCAGAUAUGGAGAGAUUUACUAAUUUAAAAAGUGCUAUAAAUGAACAAGUUAAAAUAUUAUUAAAAGAUUGUUUACAACCAACUAAAGAAAUGAUAAAAAAUUUAAUGCUAAUUGAAUUAUCAUAUAUUAAUACAAGUCAUCCUGACUUUUUAAAUGAACAUUUUAUGAAAAAUGUAUAUGAUAAAGAUAAUGAUUAUAUAGAUGAAUUAGAUACAGUAGUUCACCCUAAAAAUAAUCAUAAAAUGUUACAGCGUCCAAAAAGAGAAUUUCAAGAAACAUGUGGUAGUAAUAUGAAUUAUUCGACUAUACACCAUAAUAAUACAUAUAAAGAAGAAAUGAAAAUGUGGAAACAUAAAGAAGAUAUGAAAUCUUAUAGAAAUAAAGAAGGUACCAAAAUUACUAAUAUAAAUAAUAAUAGAGAAAAUGUUUUUGUUUUACCAGUGAUUCCAGAAAAAAUUAUACCAGAAUAUUCAUCUUCUUCUAAAGAAAUAAUAGAAAUCGAUUUAAUAAAAUCACUAAUAAAUAAUUAUUUUAAUAUUGUUAGAAAACAUAUAGCAGAUGCUGUACCUAAAGCAAUUAUGCAUUUUAUGGUUAAUACAUCGAGAAAAACUAUGCAGAAAGUUUUAAUAUCAAAUUUACAUAAUGGGGAACUUUUCAACUUAUUUAAUGAAUGUUCAUCUAUUAAAGUAAAAAGAAAUAACUGCAAAAAAAAUCUCGAAUCUUUAAAUCAAGCAAUAAAAAUGUUGGCAGAAAUUAGGAACCAAGAAGUUUAA